UUCAUACAAGUGUGCAGGGCUUGGAGUAGACUGGAGGUUCAUCUAAAACACUUGACCUUGGAUGUUUUAUUUCUGUCAUGAACAACAUGUAGAGCUUUACAAGCAGAUCGACUGCAAAAGAGUGUGUGACAGAGAGAGAGAACGCAUUUCUUUUUCUUCCUUGAUUUUUGGAGUUGACAAGACUGACAAGCUGAUCUGCUUUCCUGAUCAUCACUGAUCACAUUAUUGAUCUGCUCGUGUUUGUGUGUUUAAAAAGAAAAAUCUAUCGAUUAAAGAGUGCUGCUUAGAUCAGUCUUAUUGUAAGUGGAGAUUAUCCGCAGGGAAGAUGGGAAGCUCUGCGAUGGAUCCAAAGAAGACAGAUAGCAGGAAGAAAUGGACAAGAAGAAGGACAACGCUUCGCUUGAACAUGCCGGACCUGAGCUUGUUUGCAACGCCCUUUUUGGAGGGAGAUGAUGAGCACAAUGACAAGGAUAGUACACAUAAGGGGAAGAUGAGCUGCCACUCCGCUAGCCCAACCAAUGGAUUUUUCAGUAGGAGUCCCUUUAGCCGGCCCUCUAGCCCCAUGUCGGCUCCAGCGAGGUCCAAAGCGAGCCCGGGGUCACCACGAACCAUUUUCCCCUACCCCCUACAUCAGGACUCGCCGCCUAAAUCGCCCCGCCGUCUCAGCUUUUCUGGAAUCUUUCGCUCAUCCUCCAAAGAGUCCUCAUCUGCUUCCUUGUCUACUUCCUCUUCUGCUUCUCCCGUCAGUAUUAAACUCUUCUCACGUGCCAGGAAAGCGUCUGGGAUCUCCUCUCCGCCCACCACUCCUGCACCACUGACCAAACCCUCUCCACCAUUUCCUCUGGAAGAAAACCCCAACCUCUCUAUGCGUCAAGUGGAACGAUCGCGCUCUAUGUCCUCUCCCCCGGACACGGGCCAGCUGUUCAGCAUGUCCUCAACCAAGCCACCUCCCACCGCUUCCUCGGCGCCCAUCGCUACCUCACGCAUGGUUCGCGGUUUGUCUGAAGGCAUGCUGGAGAAACUCGAUCUCGAAGAUGAAGUUGUCGAAGAGUCUGACAGUGAUAUUUACAUGCGCUUUAUGAAGUCCCACAAGUGCUAUGACAUCGUCCCGACUAGUUCCAAGCUGGUGGUGUUCGACACGACGCUACAAGUUAAGAAGGCCUUUUUUGCCUUGGUGGCUAAUGGAGUCCGAGCUGCACCACUGUGGGAGACGAAAAAGCAAAGUUUUGUAGGAAUGCUAACAAUCACAGACUUCAUCAAUAUCCUUCACAGAUACUACAAGUCCCCCAUGGUGCAAAUCUAUGAGCUGGAGGAACACAAGAUUGAAACUUGGAGAGAGCUCUAUUUACAAGAAACCUUUAAACCUUUAGUCAACAUAUCACCAGAUGCUAGCAUAUUUGACGCUGUAUAUUCGCUAAUCAAGAACAAGAUUCACCGUUUGCCCGUUAUUGACCCCGUCAGUGGGAAUGCACUUUAUAUCCUCACACACAAGAGGAUCCUCAAGUUCCUGCAGCUCUUCGUGUGUGAAAUGCCAAAGCCUGCCUUCAUGAAGAAGACCCUGGAAGAACUGGGCAUCGGGACGUACAGCAACAUCGCCUUUAUUCACCCCAACACACCAAUAAUCAAAGCUCUCAGCAUUUUUGUGGAGAGGAGGGUUUCAGCUCUGCCUGUGGUAGACGAGUCUGGAAAGGUUGUAGAUAUUUAUUCCAAGUUUGAUGUCAUUAAUCUUGCUGCUGAAAAGACCUACAAUAACCUGGAUAUUAGCGUGACUCAGGCUCUGAUGCAUCGCUCGCAGUACUUUGAGGGGGUCAUGAAGUGCAACAGACUGGAGACUCUGGAGACUAUAGUGGACAGGAUAGUCAAAGCCGAGGUGCACAGGCUGGUGGUGGUAGACGAGGCCGGCCGCAUCGUGGGUAUUGUGUCUCUGUCUGACAUCCUGCAGGCCCUGGUCCUCACUCCAGCAGGUCUGACCAGGAAGGAGAGUGAGGAGGCUGAGUGAUGCCACAUUAGAACUGUUCGAUUCUGUCAUGCUGCUGAAGGAGGAAGCAGAAAGUAGAUUUAAAGCUGGAGUUUGGGAUGACUACACGGCCCACUAAGGGCUAGAAAGAGGAGGAAAAGGGUACAGAAGUGCAAAUUGAAUGCUGCUGAGGGUCAAAUGAUGAAAUGGGGGAAUGGAUGGAUGGAUGGAUGAGCUACAGGGGCGACGAUGUGGACCACCAAGAAUCUCUUCGUCACGGGUUCCGCAGAGCUCAGUGUCUAAAGCCAUUAUUGCACGCUCACCAUCACGACAUGUAAAACAUCGCCAUCUGGUGUCUGUUAUGAAUACUAAACUGAGGGGUCUGGUUUGGAUUGUACCAUCGUCAUCAUCUUGAGAGGAUUCCUUCUAGUCACAAGCAGUUUAGGACUGGCUUUUAUUGUUUGUUUGUUUCAUUUCCGUGUUACUAGCACAGCUUUGGCUUGUGGGUUUACUUGCACAUUUAAAACUGUCCUUUUGUUCUGUACAAUUUCUACUCUCUGUUUAUUAACAUUCAUUUUUCCUCUUUUUUCUUUUUAAAUGGUGCCUUCUGUCCACCAGAUGUUGCUCGUUAUAGAUGGCCAAGAGAAAGCAAGAAUAGCGAAUGUUCAAACGAAACAAAUCGAAUGUCUAAGUGUCUGCAAACCAAAAUGUUUGGAAUAUAUUGUCAGUCAUUUUUAAGUUUUAAGUUUAUAUAUAUAUUUUUUUUUUUGCUUUGAAAAGUUUAAUUUCAAUGAGAUGUUUUUAGAAUGAUGCUGUAAAUGUAGAUUCAAUGUUUUAUUUAUUUAUACUUUAAUUAUUAGUUUAAACUUUUUUUUUUUAAGUGGGAUAGAAAAACACGUUCAGCCCCUAUGCAUUAAUAAAUGAUGUUCUUAUGACUUGACGUUGAGUGCAAUUUCAAAAAACGCAGCCGCUGCCUACACGCAGUUAUUUCUUCUCUCCAGGUAAACCAGAGGCAUGCAACAAACCCCCUCAUACUCUGUAUCAGCUGUACUGUACAUAGGAAGAGCUUGUGAGAUAUCUUCAAAGUGCCAGAGAAAGGUCUAUUUUUAUGUUUGUGAUAUUAAAGAUUUUCAUUUGCAGGUCCUGUCGUCUUUAUUGUGGCUGUGUUGAUGGUUAAGGUCUCUGAUUAAAACCUCAUGUCCACUGAAAAUGUACGUCACUGGCAUGAAUAAUAUACUACAAUGGUUCAACAUUGUGGAUCGAUUUUAUUUUUCCAUUUUGCAGUUUGGAAAACAAUAAACCAUGCUACUGAAUCUUUGA